GUGUCAGUGCAGUCGACUUACAGCUGGCUGUGAGGAGAACUGACGCUACUGUUUUUUUUGCUCUUUAUCACCGCGAUAAAUAUACACAUAUUUCAAAAACAAGUAUCAUAAACUCGGUGUCAAUCCUCUCUGUGGGGGUUUAUCUUAUUAAAGUUUUUUUUUUUUACUAAAGUUGGAGGCUGGGCCUUUAGCUGUUUGACCGUCGCUUGAGAGGAGAAGAAGAAGAAGAAGAAGAAGAAGAAGAAGAAGCUGGUCUUUUUUGUGGUACAAACUCGAUAAAUGCUACUAACGAAAAUGGACCUGUUGAACUACCAGUACCUGGACAAAAUGAACAACAACAUUGGCAUUCUCUGCUACGAAGGUGAAGCAGCUCUGAGGGGCGACCCUAGACUCCAGUCCCUGUCUCUGUCCUUGUCCUCUUCCUCAUCCUCCUCUUCGUCGUCGUCGUCCUCAUCUUCCUCCUCCAUCUCCAACCACAGGACAGGUCCUCCUCCCAUCAGCCCCACCAAGAGGAAGCUGAGCGGGGACCAGGGGGACAGCGACAUGGACGACAAUGAGCAUGUGGCAAAGAUGAGCCGACUGUUUGCGACACAGCUGAAACCUAAUGGAGACUACCGCACCUCUGCCAUCUCCAAGGACCGGAGCCGGAGCCCCAUCGAGCGUGUGAUGGUGCCCAGCGCUCUGGGAGUCCACAGCAACCACCUGUACAGCCACGCCCACCACCACCACCACCAUCACCACCACCUGGCCAGCUUAGCCGGCAUGGACCAGCCACUGGCACUCACCAAAAACAGCAUGGUGGAGUCUGCACGCAGCAGCACGGCAGCUAUGGCCACAGUGCCGCACGCAGUCAGCGCCGUGGAACGCCAGCAGAAUCGUCCUUCAGUGAUCACAUGCGCACCAGCCAACAACCGCAACUGCAACCUGUCUCACUGUCCAGUCUCCCACAACGGCUGCGCAAGUCUCGCUAACAACUACAGAAGACUCAACACCAACACAGUCUGUGACCCGGUGAUUGAGGAGCACUUCCGCCGCAGUCUCGGGAAGAACUACAAGGAGCCCGAGCCCACCGCCACCAACUCGGUGUCCAUCACAGGCUCGGUGGACGACCACUUCGCCAAGGCACUGGGCGAGACCUGGCUGCAGAUCAAAAACAGGGGGAGCCCCUCGUCGUCCGGCAGCAGCCCGAGCUCCUCCCCCGACAGUCACAUGGUCAAUCACAACCACUCCCCUUCUGUGGUCUCCUGAAGGAGGAGGGGUUUGAGAGGGAUCUGCCCCUCUUUUCCCAGCACUCCCAAUCAUCCCGGCUCCAACACCCACGCCCUCGUCACUUUGGUCUGUCACCAGCGUCCCAGAGGGAAUGCCUGCCUGCUGGUCUGCUAAAAACAUCUACAAACCCUCAAGCCUGCUCUCUUUCUCUAUGCACUCAUAGAGGAUCAAUCAAGCAAUAACAACACGCCCCCCCCUUCUGUCCUCUGGUAUGGUAAUGCCAGACAAUAAUCAGUAACGAGUGAUGAGGGUUCAACUUUGGGACUCGACGGGAGCAUCAAGCUGCUCCGUGCAAUCAUUCAUCAUCCCUGCAUGUCAAGCUUGGAGCUGAGCAAAGUGUCUGUAGUUAUAUGUACAUAGAGAGAAAAGAAAGGUGGUGUUUUAAUUAUUCAUUUUUCUUCUUUUUUUGUUUCUUUAACAGUAGUUUUGUGUACUGCUUUUGCGUUAUGAGAUGCCCGACUUUUGACCGAAAAGAUAAGCGAGGAACACUUUGGAGAAGAUAAUCACAAACCACCUGGCUGUGCUACCAAAGAAACCUCAGACACUGAUGUUUAUCACCACCUCGAAAACAAAACAACAAAAAGCCAUCUUGUGAUCUCCCUUUUUUUAAAGAAAAUCUCUUUCCAUUCUCUCCCCUUCCUUCUCGCUCCCUCUCGCUCCUGUGUGUGUGUGUGUGUGUGUGUGUGUGUUCUGGUGGUUUUGUUACUAUAUGUAUACUUAGGUGGUCGACUUAGUCUGAUUUGCACUACUGCCAUAAGAGGGUAAAAGGUGACUUGUGUAUAUUGUAAUGGGACUGAUGAGGCUGAUUUUGACACAGUCUGGUAUAAUGCAGCUUUUGUAGGAACAUCUAUUCCAUCCCAUUAACUGUUAUUUUAGAAAGCUACCUGGGCACAAUUUCAUCCCGGUCCUGACAGAAAAGUUUAAGCCACAUUAUUAUGCAUUAUGUUUUUGGAAUGGAAAAUGCAUAAUGUGGCUGGGCUGUAUAAAAUAGAGAUGCACAAAGUAAUACGGAUUUGGAUACCACAUGCUCCAAGAAUAUUUAAUUGUUAAUUAGUGCAAAUGUUUACUACAAACACACACAUGCUUGCAUGGUAAGAGAAGGUGGGAAAAAAAGAAAGAAAGAAAAGUUCGACAUCAGCAUUUGACAUCUCUGGCAACCACCGUUGGGUCUAAACUACUUCACGUGCUUAAAUAGUGCCAAAUUGUUGCAAGCACGGGCAGGUUAUCGGAUCAGCCCGCUGUGGUGUCGAUGGACAUCACAGCCAUUAUGAGAGGAGCUCAGGGCUGAAAACACAGCUGUACGACCUGCAGUGCGUUGCUGAACAAUGUGCUUUGAUGUGUUUCACGGGCUUAACUGCUGACAGUGAUGAGGGGAUAGAUGACGCCGCGUGUCACUUUGUGGUUUGAAAAAAACCGACCGGGGGAGAGACGAUUAUUCAGAUGUCUUCAAACACACCUUUUGUUUUUGAUUCUCUUUGAACACAGAUGUAGUAAUUAUAUUUGGCUUACGCCCUGCUCCCCCCCCCCUCCUCUCUCCUACACACUGUGGUUUGGUAGAUUUCUAUAAGGUUUGAAGGGUAAACUAAUGCUUUUUACAGAUGCAUGUUUUUAUUGUUUUGUUUUUUUAAUAGCUGGUAUCUAUUAAUGUUUUUAAGCAGCAUUUCAAUCUUAAUAUUAGCCUUUUCAUUCGGACGUUAGUUGUUACUUCUUUCGUUGUCAGUAACAGACAUAGACACUAUACACUCACUGCUGGGUCAGUCGUACUCCAUAUUAUUAUUGUUAUUGUUAUUAUUACAAUUUUGUAUUUUUUUUGUUUUCCAUUAAUAUCAGUGUGGUAACAAACAUCUAUAGCGGGACAGCCUCCGGACAGGCUCUGUUUUAACGAUGAGAGCUGCCUUUCUGCUGUCGAGAUGGCUUCGGGAUACGCAGCAAGUAAAGGUUUUCUUAAGAUGUUGAUCCAUCAGUGGUACAGGAUGCUACAACCUUCAGCAUGACCGAGCUGAGACACCAAAUCAGAACAAAUGAGUCUACAUGGCCUUGUUUUCAGGAGAAAAGCAUCUGCAGUCUGAGAUAAAAUGUUGAGUCAUCCUAACAUCACCUCCUCGGUACCGGCCGUUACACACGCUGUUGCUGCAGUCCGAAAAGUACGUAAUACAGCACAGGCUGCGCACGCUACGAUGCUUUUGGGAAACAAGGUAUUGUUUGUGGAACGAUAGUGAUUCUUAAUUAAACAUCUUGGAGCUAAAACUAAAACAAAUCACUUGCUUAUGAUAAGAUGAGUUUCUGGUCUUAUGAACAGCUCUCAGACUUCAUCCGUUGACUUUUUGUGUCUUGACUUGGUGUCCAGACUGUUUUUGUUUUUUUUGUACUUCAAUGCUUUCUUCUCUGAACAACAUUGUGUUGUUGCUGCAGUUGAGCUAGACUGCUGCAGUCAGAGAAAAUGAUUUGUUAAAGAGCCUGCGCCAAGGUGGCAUACAUUCCUCCUAUAGGGAACUUUGUACAGGCCUCAGAAUCUCCAUAUCAACAGACAGAGCUCAUAACAAGCCACGGCCGACUGUCCCAGAGGGUCUUUUUGUGUCUUUACCAGAAUUACAAGGUCGCUACUUUUGCUCCUUUUUUUUUUUUUUCUCUUUGCAUCAAGCAAAUUGGCCAGAAAUUCAUACCGUAUGAUAAAAGAACAAAAAAAGCAUUUGCGUUAUAAAUACAGAUAACAUUUGAGGACAUUCAGAGCAUGGCAUUUAGAGAACUGGGGCUGUAACGGUGGGCAGUGAGGAGUCGUUCUGUAGCUAAAGUACAGAAUCAUUUCAUAUCUGAGCUGAGGUUGAAAGUUGAUAGUUUUUGUGUUCACAUGUUGAUUGUGAUUUACUGAUAAAAAUGAGCUAAAUCAAGAGUUCUCGAAAUGGAACCCUUCCACACAUUCCAUCCUAAACUGAACACGACGGAUGCUGAAAGUUCUAGAAUCUUCAGAUACUCAACAUUUUCAAUCGAAACGUAACUGCCAGUGAAUUAAUUUCCAAAAAAACGAAAAAGUACUCUUAAGUCUAAACGGGCUUUCUGUGACCGGUUUGGAUGGAGAUUUUCUUUUUUUUAGCAGGCAGAGCUUCAGGAGCUGAGCUUCUGUAAGCACAACCUGUGAGCCGGGAGACGUUCAGCUGCCACUGAAAGUCUGUUGAAGGUCUCACAGCGAUGCCCCCCCCCCUCUCAGAUUCAGUUCAUCCUGAUGUAAGAUUUGAUGUAAGCUACAUGCUAUAAAACACGAGGGAAAAGGGCUCAGUGUCCAGAGGAUGAUGUUUCUCUAUUAUUUGUUCUCAUUAUUAUUUCACUACCACCCUGUAGGUAGGAGGCUCUCUUUCUGCUCCGGCACACACACUCCCUACACACUGUAGGAAAAUCACUUAAUAAAAAAUACUUUUUUAUAAUAGGUAACUAUAAGACCAUCAUUACGCUGUGCGUAACGAAUGUACAGAGAAAAGAAUCGUAGGUAUUUUUUGAGGAACAAUUAAUUUGUUAAAGAUAUGUAGCUAUUUAAUUGUUGUUUUCCCCUGUCCUUAUAUUGUAAUCAUUGCAUUUUCUUUUUUGUGAAAAAAGUUGAUCUUUUUUGUUUAUAGAGUUUGUCUUGUUUAGAGUAAAAGGUUCAAGUGCAGGAACACAGUAAACGUAUGAAACCACAAUAAGGCCACUGGUGUGUCGGGGACAAUCGCUACUUCCAUUGGUCCCCAAUGUUCUGCAAUCCUUUAACUUGUGUUCGAUCACGUGACUUCGGAGUCAGCUGAACAAAAGAGGUUGUCCUUUUAGAGGCCUCUUGAGCAAGUUACAAGUUUUGUAUUGAUGGAACAUCAUUUUGCCACUAGCCCAGUGUGUCCUGCCAGCCAUUUCCAUUUAACUUAAAAAAAAAAACUAGAAAAACAUUAGUCAUGGGCUAGCAGGCAGGUAAGAAUUCCAACACUGCAUGUAAGGAACAUACAUUCUGGGUUUUGAGGAGUUUUUGCUCUACAGAUGGGAACUGGGCUACUAACAAAACCAUCAGUCCAAUUUGAGAACAAUUGUUGAAUUGGUUUAAUUUUGAAAUCAGAACAUUAAAGAUGAACUGAUGAAAUCCUGACAGCCUUUUCGUACAUUUCUUGUGUUCAGAUGUAUCCGCUUCAUGUCCGUUACCAGUCAGUGAGGCUGAGAUUUAAGCAGAAAAUGGACUUUGGGUCGUCACCCUUGGAUCUGAUGUGACUCUUCCCAUCUGUGGAUGUUAUCAAGUAAACAUCAUGAAAAUUGUGGUUGCUUGGUCUUUACUCGUGACUGACACAUUUUCCAGGUCCAGUUUGAAGUGGAAGUAGCAUGUACCUAGUGGUAGUAAUAUUCUGUUUAAAAAAUAAAAUUGUAUCAAGAAAAGUAGUCAAUUUGUGGCUCUGUGUCUCCUACUAAAAAGGUUUUGGCAGGCCACCUUUUUUGUACGUAAAGUAGCCUUGAUGAACAAUAAAGUGCUUUUAAACCAC